AUGCUCUGCGUAGCAAACCGCGCAGGGGAUACAACCGCGCGAGUUCGCGGAGGAGCGAGUACUCCGCGCGUGGGUUCGGGCUCCCCUGCGCCAGCCCUUAGCGGCCCCAGCUCCUCCGAACACCCGCCCCAGGACGCGGGGGAGAGCACCGCUUCUGCGGGGAGGGCGCAGCCCCGGCGGCAGCCUUGGCCGCGGAGCCGUGCGGGCACGGUGAAGCGGUGGGAGGCGCCGGGGUGGGUGAGAGCUGCCCCGCCCGCCGCGGGGCCGGUUUUGCUUCGGGGACCCCAGGUGCCACUUCGGCGGCGCGGGCAGCGCUCCGGUCCCGGUCUUGCUCUCGGUCCCGGUUCCGAUGUCCCCGCGUCGCCCAGAAAGCCGAUUGACCCCAAAGAUUACACUUUUUCUGGACUUAAAGAUGAAACUGUGGGUCGACUGCCUGGAAAAGUAUCAGGGCAACAAUUUGUCAUUCAGGACUGUGAGAACUGUAGUAUCUACAUAUUUGACCAUUCUGCUACAAUCACUGUUGAUGACUGUGUAAACUGCCAAAUCUUUUUAGGACCAAUAAAAGGCAGUGUGUUUUUCCGUGACUGCAAAGAUUGUAAAUGCAUAGUGGCCUGUCAACAGUUUCGCACUCGAGACUGCAGGAAACUGGAGGUAUUCUUGUGCUGUGCCACCCAGCCCAUUAUUGAGUCCUCCACGGGUAUGAAGUUCGGAUGUUUCCAGUACUAUUAUCCUGAGCUUGCUUUGCAGUUUAAAGAUGCUGGACUGAGUAUCUUCAAUAACACAUGGAGCAACAUUCAUGACUUUACCCCUGUGUCAGGAGAAAAUAACUGGGGCCUUUUGCCUGAGAAUGCUGUAGUCCAAGAUUAUGUUCCUCUGCCCAGCUCUGAGGAGCUGAAAGCUGUUAGAAUUUCUACUGAUGCUACGAGGAGCAUAAUACCAAUAACUCGAGGACGGAGACAGAAAAACAGCGAUGAAUCAUGUUUGGCCGUGUUUUUUGCUGGUGACUACACAACUGCAAAUGCCAGGAAGUUAAUUGAUGAGAUGACUGGUAAAGGCUUUCAGCUGGUACAGACUAAAGAAGUCUCAAUGAAGGCAGAGGAUGCUCAUAGAGUUUUCCAGCAGUGUGCAUCAGAAUUCAUUCCACUGCUUGAAAAAGGUCCAGUGGUUGCUUUGGAGUUCGAUGGAGAUGGUGCUGUGGAAGGAUGUCAAAGCAUUAUAAAUGAUGUUUUUAGUGGGACCAAGGUUUUUGUAUCAGAGAGCAAGGCAUCAGCGUCUCAAGAUGUGGACAAUUUCUACAACUUUGCUGACAUGCAGAUGGGAAUGUGAGAUUUAACACGAAGGUGUUCACAUACGGUUUGUCUCAGAACUUGGAUGUCACUUUGCUUGAAUAUUGCAUUAGUAUCUGAUAAGUUUUGUCAUUUGGUUUUGUAUUUCUCAUAUAUCCCUUUUAUAAAGCUAUUGGUGGUUUUAAUACCAUAUUACCUGAACUGGAGUAAAUGGCAUAGCUUCCCAUGUGCGUUGUGUUUGAAACUUUCAGCUCAAAAAACAAUGGAGGUUUUCUACUAACUUUUCACAGUGAUUUCUAAACUUCUGCUCACACUUGAAUAUUUCUUGUCAACACCUAAUGGUAAUAUAUAUUUGAAAAGUGCGAUGUUGAUCCAAAUGUGAUGCAGUACUAAUUUUUAUCUUUAACUCGGACAUAUUGUUUAGAAAGUGUGUGUAUGUGGAACUCGCUGUUCAGAACUUUCCCACAUGCAAAUUUGUCUUCGCAGGGGGCCAGGGAGGAAGCUGUAGCCGUUGACUUUUUCAGAAAAACCUAGUCUGAAAUGAAUUCUCCUUACACCAUACUUUCAGAAGCAGUGCAUGACUUAAAAUGUACAUCUGGCUUACUCUGCUUCAGCAUAUUUUUUGAAUAAAGUUGUUUGCAACAGCAUUUAUUAUGAGAGUUGUCAUAACAGCAUUCUGGUAAGUGAGCACUUGCCAGGCUCUUCAGCUUUGAGGUGAACUCUGAGCAUGAGUGCUCUGCUGGAGAUCCUCUGAGGUCUACUCAAGGUCUCUGGCGAUACAGCUGCCUCUGAUACUCCUAAGUCACAUAUGGGAUAUACAUGAGGCUCCCUUGGGCUUGGAGCAUAAGUCUCUGGCAUUGUUAUUGUUUGCUAGAAAGGACAUAGAGCAAUCAGGUGUCAAAGAAGGGCUCUGAUGGUGUUAAAAAAAACCCUCUUCCUCGAUAGACCUCAGGAGAAGGGUUUUACACUCAGUAGUAGUACAGAAAAUUUGGCUGUGAAGUACUAUACGCUACUGUAGGGUUUAUUUUGGGUUAAUUCUAAAAACAGACUGAGGAAGUGCUACUAGCAUUUUGGAAGAUGCAUUUGAAUAGUGAUCAGCAAGGAUGCUUAUUGCUAUAUAGUGCAUAUUAGAAUGCAAAUCUAUAUGGAUAUUAAAUACAUGAUUGAUUUAUUUUUGCAUAUUACAUCAUUACUGAUUAUUUUACAUGAACUUAAAGCUUAUGUCCAGGUUUACAAGCCUUCUCUAAUACUUGAACAGAUUGUGCAUGCAGAUGCACAAAACCAAAUUUAUUAAUUAAAACUGUGGCUUGCCAGUUUAUGUAGCCUUUACAAUCCAUUGAACAGACUGGGGCUGUGUUGAGGUGCUAAAGCAAUAAUUUUGUCAUUAUAGUCAUCAGUCAAAAGGGAAGAUCUUGUGCAUCUUAGCUGAAAAUGAGUCUCGACUCAUCAGUUUCACAGCUCUGGAGCUCCAACAGUGGGUGGCUAAAAACACAUCUCUUUCUAAUUUUUUAGAAUUAGCAUAUGAAAGAAUCAGUUCUCUUGAAAUUCAUAAUUCUGUCAUGUCCAAGAGAUGUUCUGAGCUGUUACUUUGUUGCUACUAGGCAAAUGCUUGCCCUUAGUUUAAACUAUGUACCUAGAAUAUGCCCUUAGGACUUCUUGCUAAAGUUAUGCAUAGAUUAAAUAUGGAAGAGUGUUUCCUGAAGUCACUAAACCACUGGUGUACUGAAGGUAAGAAAAACGUCCCUCCUGUGAAAUGUUUUUAUUUGACAAAGUGAAAUAAAAUAAAACUGCCACCAGAAUCUGACUGGUAGUGGAAAUUACCACUUAUUUGCACUUAGCCAGGCAGGAUUUUUUUUUGUAUGUGUGAGGCCAGGCUGUGAAAACAUCAAAAAGGCUUAGAUUGAUCAAAGUACUAGUGCAACUCAUUGAUGAAUAUUUGCAGGAUUUAUUCUAGACAUGUACAGUAAAUGUAUCUUUCCGGUAUGGACAGUGCAUUAAAAUCGUGUAAUGUACUUCAGAAUUGUCAUUGUGUAAUUUAUCUAAGCAGUGCAUAUAUUGGACCAUCUUGGUCUCUAAACUUUUAUAUGUAAUAUUUCCAAACUUAUACGCUGACACAUGAUUAUAUGUAUGUCUAUAGUUUAUUUUUUGUAUCAUCAACGUACUCUGGAAACGAAGUGCUAAAUUGAUUUUUGUGACUACUUUUGCUGGAGGACAGGGUGAUUAAUUGGAAAUUAAUCUAGGCUUGAAACAGAGGAAAAACUUUUCUACAUGCCAGGAAAGAGCAGUGUUGCUUUUUUUUUUUUUUUUUCAUUGAUAGCCUGCUUAUCCACAAAGAGUUUUAAUAAUAAAAACCUGAAUAAUGAAGGAGUUUCUCAAGCCAAUUAUUUAACUUUUUUGACUUCAAUUUCUUGCUAACAGAUGUUAAGAACACUUCUAGCCUAAGCAUUGGUACGCAUUAUAGAAUGGUACAGGCUUCGUGUAGUCUUUGUAUGUUUGUUGUAUAGCUUUUUAUGUAAUUUGUAUUGCACUGUGAAUGUGAUUGAUAAUAAACAUUGAAAAA